AUGAAAUUAAUCAAAAUGUACGCCUGGGAGCAGCCCUUCGCCCGGGCUAUCGGUCGCGCCCGAAGAGAUGAAUUUUACAUACUAUUAGGCGGUCAGGUGUCGGCUGAGCCCAUAUUUAUAAGCAUGAUCAUAUUCAAUCGUUUGAGCGCAAUAUAUUUUAUGUUUAUUCCCGGUUCUUUAGGAUUAUUAGCAGAGGUGCGGGUUUCAUGUAAACGGUUUCAGAAAUCAGAAGAAUCGACAAUAAAACACAUUUCAAUGAAUGCAAAAUCCGGAGAUUUAGUUGUGGUUAUCGGACCCGUAGGCGCCGGAAAGACAACUUUAUUGAUGUCACUCUUGAAUGAGUUGUCCAUAACUGGAGGUUCGGUCGCAACGAACGGAUCCAUAGGUUAUGUGUCGCAGGAGUCGUGGGUUUUCAACGCAAGUGUUGUACAGAAUAUUGUGUUCGGAAAACAAUACAAUGAAAAGCGGUUUCGAGAAGUGAUAGCCGUUUGUGCGUUGGAUAAGGAUUUAGAUUCCCUUCCCUUCAGAGACAACACUAUUGUCGGCGAAAGAGGAGUCCUUUUGAGUGGCGGACAGAAGGCCAGAGUGGCGUUAGCCCGUUUUGCAAAUAAGAAACUUAAGGGAAUACAGAGUAAGGCUAACAGUAAUCCAACCAAAGUUACGGAACCGAUGUAUUGCCAACUGAUAUACAAAUAG